CCCUCUUAGAAAGGUGAAGCACACUUCAGAUUGUGCGGAGAAACCACCUCUGUUUUAAGCUCCCCUUUUUACAACUGACAAUCAUGACAUUCGAUGGCACCUGGAAAGUGGAGAAGAGUGAAAACUAUGACAAGUUCAUGGAGGUGAUGGGUAUUAAUUUCGUGAAGAGAAAGCUAGGAGCCCACGACAACCUGGCGAUCACAAUCCAACAAGAAGGAAACAAGUUCACAAUCAAAGAAUCCAGCAGUUUCCGCACCAUAGAAAUAGUGUUCACUCUAGGAGAGAAUUUCGACUACAGCUUGGCCGAUGGAACUGAACUCCAUGGUAACUGGGACAUGAAAGGAAGUCAGCUGGUAGGCACGUUCCACCGGAAAGAUAAUGGGAAGGAACUUAAGGCACUGAGAGAAAUCGUAGGAGGAAACAUGGUUCAGACUUACACCUAUGAAGGGGUUCAAGCUACAAGAACCUUCAAGAAAGCGUGAACCAUAGCCUAGAACUGGAAUCUGAUGGAAGAAUUGUUGUACUUCUUUUUACAGCAACUGUGCUUUCCCCACUAAGCCCAAAGUAACUGUAUUCAAAUAUUAUUGCCUGUGUUCCAUAACUGAAAUGCAAUUAAGAUAUAUUUAUAUUUUAUGCCCAUGUCUGUUUAGGGAAAUGGUGCUGCUAAGCGUACAAAGAAUAUUUACC